GUCGUUAUCCACUACGAAUCUCAAUGCGUACCCACUCCUUUUGCAUGGUAUUUCCAUAAUAUGCCUGUCUGGUUCAAAAGGCUAUCGACCUCGUUGACAUUUUAUAUCGAGAUUUAUCAGCCACUAGCAUUUCUGUUGCCUAUUUCAUGUCUGAAGAAAUUUGUAUUCUUGCAACAGGUAGUAUAA